AUGGCCGACUCGCACUACCUCGGAGAGCGCAUAUCCUACGAUGAUGCCCUGUGCACUGUCCGCUACAUUGGUGAGGUCGCUGGCGCAACUGGGUCGUGGCUAGGAGUCGAAUGGGAUGACGGCACCCGCGGAAAGCACGACGGCUCGCACAAGGGGAGGCGAUAUUUUCAAUGCAAGUGCACAUCCGACUCUCCCACCGCGGCGUCGUUUGUACGCCCAACGCGGCCCGCCGACGCCCCCGUGAGCUUCGUGACCGCGCUCAAGGCCAAGUACGUGGAGGCGGAGUCGGCUACGAGCGGCGUGCCGGACUCGCGGAUUCGGUUCGCAGGCAAGGUCGCCGAGGAGGUGGGCUUCGACAAGGUGCGCCGCCAGAUGGCGCAGCUCGACGAGCUCCGAACCGCCAUCCUCGACGGCGUCUACAUGGCCGUUGCGCACAGCCAAGGCGAGCCGACGGUGGCGCAGGUGAGCCCGAAGCUCUCGCACAUCGACAUUAGUAGGAAUUUAUUUGAGAAUCUGGGCCCGGUCGUGGAUAUCUGCAAAGACUUGCCGGGCCUCAAGAAACUAGCCAUCAAGUAUGUAUGCACUUUCUACAGGGAUGAGAUGAAGGCAGCGACUAACUCGCGUCGAAUUAGCGGAAACCGGUUUCAAAAUGUUGUAGAGGAUAAUGCGUUGGUCAAGGCCGUCACCGCAUUCUCGCAGGUCACUGAGCUGGGCAUCGGCGACAACAUGCUCGGAUGGGAAGAGAUAUGCCGCAUCGCCGUCGCCUUUCCCUCGCUCACCAACCUGGCCGCAGGCGCCAACUAUCUUUCAAGUCUUCCUGCGGUAAACUACAGCGGUCUCUCAACAACCUUGACAACGCUCAACCUCGAAUUCAACAGCUUCGGUGCGCUUUCCGACCUCGCCAGCCUUGCGCCACUCACCUCCCUGCGCAACCUCUACCUCAAGGGCAACAACAUCCGCAGCCUGUCGUCCGAGGACGCUCCCUGCCCUGUAUUCUCGAAAUCCAUACAAUACAUUGACGUGUCAUACAAUCAGAUCGAGGACUGGGACUUCAUCGACCGCCUCACCGAGCAUGUCCCCGGGCUGACGGCGCUGCGCAUCAGCCACAACCCCGUCUACGACGUUGGCGCGUCAUCGUCUUCGGCCGCCGCCGCCACCACCGCAGACGAGGCGCACAUGUUCACAAUUGCACGCAUCGGCGCCCUCCAGACCCUCAACUUCUCGCCCGUCACCGCCGACGACCGCAACAACGCCGAGCUCUUCUACCUGUCGCGCAUCGCGCGGCAGCUCGCCGCAGCACCCGAGGCCGCAGCGCCGGGCAUCCUCGCGGCGCACCCGCGCUACGAGGCGCUCUGCGCCAAACACGGCGCGCCGGACGUGGUGCGUGCGGUGGCGGCCAACCCCGCGUUUCUGGAGGCGCGCCUGGUGACGAUGGCGCUGCGGUGCGCGGGCCGCGCGGACAGGAUGGUGCGCGUGCCGCAGGCGCUGGACGUGUACGCAGUCAAGGCGCGCGUGGCGAGGGCGUACGGGCUGUCGCCGCUGAGGCUCCGCCUGGUCUGGGAGACGGGCGAGUGGGAUCCGGUGGCGAGGAGGCGCGGCGACGACGUCGACACCUCGGACGAGGAGGACGAGGCCGAGGACGGCGCGACCGAGGACGCGCCUGUUGAGAAGCUAGCGCAUGACCAGCCGGGGAGAUGGGUGAAGCGCGAGGUUGAGCUGCGCGACGGGCCGCGACAGCUGGGAUAUUGCGUGGACGGCCUUGACGUCAAGAUCCGAGUAGAGCCAUUAUGA